GAAGGGACAAGAGAGAGGGACAGUGUUUUUCUGAAAAAAAAGAGAGAGAGAGAGGGAAGAGGGGAUUCUUUGUCUGAUGUGAAAACAUCCCUUCCACUUCCCCCAGUGUUAGAGAGAGAAACUAGAGAGAGAAAGUCCGAUAAUGGUGGUUAGUUCUAUGUUAAUGAGAGAGAAAGGCACGGAUAAUGGUGGAGAGAGAGAGAGUCCGAUAAUGGUGGUUAGCUCUAUCUUAAUGCGCGGUUUCAAGGAAUUUUUUUUCGAAGAAUUGUGAAGCAGGUAUCGUGGGUGUUGUGGUUGUGGAUUUGGUAGGGUUUGAAGGUUGAGCUGGUGCAUUCUGGUUGUCGCUUCCAUAGUCUUUCUCUCUCUAAAUUCAAUUGCAGGCUUCUCUAUUUUCCUUUGUUUGAAGCGAAUUACAGAAAUAGACAAAAACCUAGAUGCGGAGAUCUCAGGAGUUCUUCACUUUAUUAUGCAAACAUGUCCCUGAUUUAGGAACCUAAUGAGAGAAAGAGAGAGCUCAUUCCUUGGUUCUUGAAGAUAUCUAUUGCGUUGAGUGCUUUCUCAAAAUGUGUAACUUAGACCUAAGAAUUUGAGGUUCAGAGAUUUUUCAGAGGGAGAAGGGUUUGAUUUUAGGGUGGGAAGAGAGAAGAUGCCGGGGCAUUCGGCUUCUUUCAAGUCGGAGAAUGCUCCAAAACAUCAGAGGAGGGAUCCAUAUGAGGUUCUGGGUGUUUCUCGAAACUCAUCAGAUCAAGAAAUCAAGUCAGCUUACAGGAAAAUGGCGCUAAGAUACCAUCCUGACAAAAAUGCAAACAACCCUGAAGCUGCUGAUACAUUUAAAGAAGUCACUUUUUCAUACAAUAUUUUGUCAGACCCAGAUAAACGACGUCAAUACGACACAGCAGGUUUUGAGGCAAUUGAAUCAGAGAGCCAAGAACUGGAGCUGGAUCUUUCAAGUCUAGGAGCUGUCAAUACCAUGUUUGCUGCCAUUUUCAGCAAACUUGGUGUGCCAAUAAAGACAACUGUAUCAGCAACUCUGUUGGAGGAGGCCUUAAAUGGAACUGUAAACAUUCGGCAACUUGAAUUGGGGCAACCAGUAAUAAAGAAGGUAGAGAAACAAUGCGCACACUUUUAUUCUGUGACAAUAACAGAACGGGAGGCACUUGCAGGGCUUGUAUGUCGAGUGACAUCAUCUGACAAAAGCAAAUUCAAGCUAUUGUAUUUUGAGCCAGAAGAAACCGGAGGGUUGAGCCUUGCUCUACAGGAAGACGGUGCAAAAACGGGAAAGGUUACUUCAGCCGGAAUGUAUUUCCUCCGCUUCCCAGUUUACAGAUUGGAUCAAACAGCAAAUGCAAUACUGGCUGCCAAGGAUCCUGAUGCUGCUUUCUUCAAGAAAUUGGAUGGGUUUCAGCCAUGUGAGAUAACAGAGCUCAAAGCCGGCAAGCAUGUGUUUGCUGUUUAUGGUGACAACUUCUUUAAGAGCGCUAGCUACAUUAUUGAAGUAGUAUGUGCAGAGCCCUUUCCUGAGGAGAAAGAGAAACUCCGGGAAGUGGAAACCCAGAUCUUGUCCAAGAGGGCUGAGCUCUCCAAGUUCGAAGUAGAAUACCGAGAGGUCUAUCAUCGUAGCCAUGUCUUGGCCCAAUUUACCGAAAUGACCGCUAGAUAUGCUCGUGAAAUGCAAGAAAUUGAUGAGCUUCUUAAGGAGCGGGAUUCUAUCCACUCCUCAUACACAGCUGCGCCAUCAUUGAAAAGGAGUUCAAGUAGUAGUAGGAUCAGGGCUCCCUCUCUCAAGGAGAGUGAAGGAGAAGAGGGAGAUCCGGCCAAAGAAUCGAAGCCCUCGUUCAAGGAUAGACCAAAGAAGAAGAAAUGGUUUAAUCUACACCUCAAAGUGGAUAAGAGGAAGGCCUGCUGAGAAAAGCCAUGCCAUUUUUAUUCCUUUUCUACUUUUUGUAUAUCAUCUGUUGUUUCAUUUGCAGAGUUUUUGCAGUAUGUGGAAAAAGUAAAAAGUAAAAACAUUAUAUUUUUUGUCGUAAAUUAUGUGAGAAUUUCAGAAGCUGCAGUAAAUAGAAACAGAUUCCAAGCAA